CCAGAGAGCAGGGUAGUCGACCAAUGAAACCGACGAACCUGUUCUGUGCAAGAUACUCUUCAACUUUGCUCAACGAAAAGCGCAUAUGGUCUUUUCGAAGUUGAUCAGAUGUUAUUCCUCGUGAUGAUAUUGUCGGUGGUGUUUACUUGAAUAGCGGUCCUGGUUUAUCUUAUCCCCUACAUCGGUUUUUCAUCUGACAUCCUUGAACGUAUGUUGAAUUCUCGUUGUACACACAAAGUGACGAGAAUUUUGAUUACAUCCUUUGGGGAGAUUGACACGUUGACAUUGGGCGCGUUUGAUAUGGAAAUUCAUAAAACGUGUGUUCGAAUCGAUGAGUACUCAGCACUUAGUACUCAGUCUCUGAGAGCCUCGAGCAAACCUCGAGGCGGAAUAAAUUUAAUUGAUGCCGUCGGCAUUUCGGGAAGAAACGCCGGGAAAACGAUGGUUGGAAGUGUGGAUAAUCGGUGACUUGUUCCAUCACCACCAAUCUCAAUUUCAGCUUCACACUCUCUACUCAGCGGGCUACCUGGAGCGUGGGGUUGAAGAGAACUUUGCGUUUCAUGCUCAUGACACUUCGUAUUUCAAUAUACCCAGUUGUAUAGGUUUUCUUUUUCGAAUAAAUCGGUGCAUGUUCUGGUCCGAUAAUACGCGUGUCCUCCGUGUAGGAUCUCCUUCCUCUCCACAUGAUGAAUUCUCGUCUUCGACUUCUAAUGAUAAAACCCUCACGAAAAUUAACGAUGAAUACGACGAAACUUACUGCCAAGCGGUGACACCUCCUGCUGCAUAUCCCUCCCCUCCACACACAGAUAUCGACGCUGUUUGCAUGAUACCGCUUCCCCCGUUUACGUCCGGUCUGUAUCCUCAUGAUGAGGAGGAGGACUACCCUGACGCUUCACACUCUAAGCAAAAUACGCGCCACCCAAUGACCACGAGUCCCAUCGGUGGAGCCCUUGACUCCCCACUCAUCUAUUUGCAACACCCAGCGCCCCUUUCCCCUCCGCCUACGUUGCCCACACCCACUGCGCUUCUCCCCCCGGCCGAAGAAGACCAAGGAGAUACCCUUAAUGUUGUUUUACCUUCGAGCCUGCUGGAGUCUUCUCAAGAGUAUCAUUAUUCAUGCAACUCUGCGCUCCCUUUCUCAGCGCUCGAGAGUGAUCAAAAUGAUCAGUCCGAUUCGGCGCCACCGAAUCCGCAUCUACUUUCACCUCUAUCCCCGCAAUUUGUGACCGGAAUCUCCGCGAUUGGCCAUGUAAAUCAGUCACCGCGCUCGCCUUCAGACGGUAUUGGCGCUACAAGCUUAGAGGGUUCAGAAUCGGAUCGUAGUCCUUUGGGCCUUUAUUCGCUCUUACUUGACCAGACAGGAAUUCCCUCACCUGCUUCUCCGAGUUUCGGCAUGUACGAAGAAUACAAGUGUCCGUGGACGCCACGUUCACUCGAUUCUUCAUCGAACGACGAUGGGAAUGCAAGAUAUAUCACAAAAUCAAUGACGACGGCGCCACAUCUAUCUUAUCCUUCUCCCAAAUCAUCACAUUGGCCACACCAAAUUCCUUUGCAUCCGCCAUCCCAUCCACCUUUCCUAUCUCCAGAUAUAUCUACUGAGCUCCCCAUGGAAUCGGAGUUCCCACACCCUAGUUCACCCUUAAUACGAUAUAUCGAACUCAAUGGUCCUGUUUAUGACGGUGAAGCCCCAGGCUCUCAAUCUCCUUCAAUACGGACUUUUGAGCUCCCUGAAUUGGAGGAAGACGAAGAUUUGGAAACCGGCUUCGACUCCGGAUUGGGAUUGUCUCUGACGUCGUUUCCGACCAUGAGCGAGAUUUCGCCGGCGCCAGAAGACAGUUCUUUGAGAUUCUCUUCAUUAUCACAGUAUAUUCUACAAAAUUCUCCAUCACUCAUAACGUGUUCACCUCCAACUUCCGGUCCAAUCUCAAAACCCACGCUAGAGUCUGAUUGGGAUACCCCGACUUCAAACUUAUCUCCAGCUAAUUUCAACGACGCGGGGUAUGAUAGUGCCACUCCAUCCAGCUACCUUCUCCCAACACGCUGGUAGAAUCCCUUGAUUCCCGUUUAUCCCACCUUCCUCUUGAUUCCUCUCCUUCCGAUAUCCCUUCAUAUGCCGAUUGCCCCGAGUACGCUGUCCUUCGCGCUCAGCCCGACCUAUAUCAAGAUCUUCUCC